GGGCUCUUUUGUGCUCCUCCUGCCUCCGCCUCUGAGCGGCACUGAUCGCCCCUCAUACAGAGGCAGGUGCUCCGUACACGCUGCUCCUGCCAGCGGAGAGGCAGGCGGAUGCAGCGGUGGCUCGUAUUUCUGUUGACUUUCACAUUAUGUUGUCGCUGUCGCGGUUUGUCUCCCACCUCCUGGCCUCUCGCCAUCUCUCUCGCCGUCUGAACGAUCGGACCGACCGAAGCUUGGUGUCCGGACUGUGAGAGCAGCCCACCGGAUCGGUGCAUGCGCUGAGGGCGCUCUGAAAACCUCCAUCCCUGCCUGACGGAGAGCCGACGGGUAAGCAGAGUUUGAAAUCUGAUGGAGGCAGUUUGUGGGGGAAAUUGUUUCUUUUCCAGCAACAGGGGUCUUCAAAUCUCAUUUCAAGUGUCUCUCAUUAUGAGUUUAAAAGGCUUUUAUUUGCAGCUUUGGUGAACAGUUUGAUGAUGUAAGGUGGGUGAAAUUACGCGCUCACUGCCACACAUGGGAGAAGACGCGUCGAUGUCAGGUGUAAGAGGGGUCGCGGACAUUCGGCCGUUGUCACGUAUUUCACUUUAUUGUGAGCUGUUCUGGACACCCAAACUUGGGAACGCACGCACAUCUAUAGUGUCACGCGCAUGAGGACGAGUAGCGCGUGCGCAUCAGGGCAGGUCUCAUUCAAGGUUCAGUCAUACAUUUUUAACUUGAGGAGUCAUUCACCUAAAAGCUUCACAUUUUCACACACUGACAGAAACAAAGGUGUCACACCUUUUUAAAAAUGAAACAACAGACGUAAAUAUUUAUAAUUUUGAACAGUUUGGUUAACAGGAGUCAGGAAGGCCUGGUUAGUUUAGGACAUAGUAAAGUACUUAGAAGCUGCCUUUAAUGAUUUUAAUUUGAUGUAUUUGUUGUAAUCGCACCACUAUUUUAAUCAAAAAUACCAAAAGAUAGUGUUGAAUGUCAAUUUCCUCCUUUUAUCUGCCCAACGGGUUAAAUAUCUUACAUUGUGCUGUUAGACACAAAAGCAAGUUUCACUCGUAAGAAGUAGAGUUUGGCCUCUUUGGCAUAAAACGCUCUAAAACUAUUGAUGAGCUCUCAAAAGAGUUGCAAAUUAAUCUUUAAUUGACUAAAAUUUACAGCCUUAUUUGGCAUUCAACGCUUGUAGCUGUAGUUAUAAGUAAUGAUGAGUCUGCCUCAUUAGAUUUUGAGCUGCAUGUCAUUUCUUUCAUUGUUUGAAAGCACAGCGGAUGAAGGCAGUCACAGUUAGUCCCUAAAAUGUGACUUUCUUUGCAUUAAUGAGGUGUUCAAAUACACACCAGAGGCUUUUUGUGUGAAUUUGUUUGAAAACCAACAAGAAAAGCGGGAACACUUGUACGCCAGCCGCACAUGCACGCUACUUGUCUCACACUACAUGACACGUGGCAUUGUCUCAAGCUGUUCGUGUGGGUUUGCAGGUGUCUGAGAGACAAGCACAGGUGUAACAUAGUGUGCACAGCGAGCGGCACACAUCACUGCUGCUGGUGCAGAAAGGUGUCAAAGCUGAACCCUUUCUUCGUGCGGACUUUGACUCUCCAUCUUUUGAACCCUUUGCAGCAGACUUUAAAGGCUCCUCAUGUCUUUGUGGCUUCACAGCUGCACCACAGUGUGUUUUGUUGAAUGUAGAAGCUGUGCCCUUCCUCCUCAAAGACCCACCCUUGUCAUUUCUCCCAUUUUCUCCUGAUUAUUAUCUGGACUGUCAGCCGCAGCAGAGUCACUUUCAUGGAUCACUCAGACUGAAUAAAUUGAUUGCUUUUGAUUUAGAGGCGAUGCUGUAAGCCAUGUGUCUGCUCACACCUUUACCCAUUUCAGUGACUCCAUUCAUCUUAUUCUGAGCUGUGAGGGAGUGUCAGUGAGGAGUUUUACAUUCACCAAGUCCAAGUCCCAAGGCUUAGAUCCAGGUGUCACAGAGGUUUCACCACUAGAUGAGCCCGCUGAUGGCUUUCCAGCAGGUGGGUCACGUUUCCAAUUUGUGUUGGCGGAGGUGGAACCAGACCCCUGAGGAAUCCUGUCGCAGAUGGAGGGAGUUUUAGAAGAGAUUUGUGAGGUGAGACCACCUGUUGACAGGCCCACCCUGAUGAUUUAGUGAGGGGCUCUUGAAGAAAUAAUUCAGGACCUGAUUUGACUCAGAUCAUUUGUAAUAUCAAAGUGGUCAGUGUUCACAUUUUUAUUGAAUUUGACUGACAAGAAACUGCAGCAUCCUCCAACAUUAUAGAAGAUUUUUUUCAUAGUGACAUCCUCUGCAUAAUUUCUCCUCCUCCUCCGCUCUCUGCAGCCGCUCUCCUGCCCUGCUCGGGGUAAAAAUAACCGAGUGGACGGAGCAAAUCUCAGCAAAGCCCAGUGCUGUGGUACAUCAGAGGAGCAGGGAUUAUUUGGUUUUGUUAUCUUCUUCAUCUGCGUUCAUGUGGCUGCUGUUGUCUUAUACUGUGGUCAGCAGGUUGCCACAGCAACAGAGCGUGUUCUUACUUCAUCUGAUGGUACAUAUGUAUUUAUAUAUAGCAGUGAGGUAAUGCAUAAACUGUGCAGCCCACUGACAGAGAAAGAGAGUUCUCUCUUCGGUGGUUCACUUUUUCAGUUUUGGAAAGAUGUCAUGGUUAUUUUUGGACUGGUACAGAUUCUGAAUCACUGAGUGUAGUGAUUCACAGAAGUCUCAGUGUGUUAACACUGAUGUAAAAACAAAUCCUUUUAUUUUUGAGUCAACACUGGAGACAUGAAACCAUCAGUGAUGAAACUUUUACAUGAACAAAAUACCAAAAAUACAAAGGUUUGACCGUUUAGUCAUAGUCGUGCAUUUCUGGAGAAAAAAUUUGAAAUUACCGUCCUAAAAUACUUUUGUGGUGUUUUUAAAGCUCUAGUAAGGGGUUUUUGAACAGUCAUGAAACAGACUACAAUUAACAGUGAUGCCUCUGUUUGACUUCCUAAAGCAAGACCACCAGCAAGAAGAUAGACAGCUUCCACUUUUUAUUUGUAAUGAUUUUAACCUCUGUGAGGGUGUGGGUGACAGUCAGAGAUAAUUAAUAACAUGCUGAAGAAACCCCCAUCUUUGAUCAAAGUGGUAGCCUCAUAAAUACCCAUGUUAACAGCAAAUUAAACAUGUUCAUGAACAUUUGUUUAGAGGUACUACAGUUAAGUUUUGCAUAAUUAAAGGUACAUCAUAAUUGUUUGAGAGGACGCUUAAGGUCCACCUCACUCUGGCUCUUUGCUCCAUGCUGGGUUGACUGCAGCUCAGGUUUAGUCAAAAUUUCAGACAAACUUUAAAAAUACUAAAAACAUAAACUGUAUCUCCACAUCCUAAAGAAUUUCAAAGCACAUCUCCAACCAAAAGGGUAACUGAAGGAUGAUUUAUUUGACGUCACAUUAGAGGGAGAAAAAGGAAGCAACUUCUUACGAUGUGCACCUUUUGAUUUGGUUUGAUCCAAAAGAGAAUUGCCUAUUUGGACUGGACUUUCUAUUUUAAAGCAACAAUGAAUUUAUUACAAUCAAAGGUAACAGCCUGUUUCAUGCAGGUAGGGGUUACCUCAUAAAGAGUAUAGAAGAUGACAACUGACAUUUGCAUGUGAACCCUCUGUUAUAUAACAUUUUUAAGAACCUUUAGUUAGUGAAACAGAGUAAUAUCUACUAAAACUGUAGAGACAGUUAAUUAUUAAAGCUGUAGUAAGCGAGUUUGUUCACCGCACACCUCUGCCAAAAGUCAGCAGUACAUUGGAAGCGUGGUUUUGCUUUUCUGACUUCUCAGAUAUUACACAGACUUUGUACUUUUAGGAGGUCAGUUUGGACAUUACUGUUCUCUCAGUAGACUUUAGUUAGGUUCAGGGUUGCAGUGCAUGUGUGAAUGAAGCUUGAGAGAGAGAGGGUGGAUUUUUUGGCUGUGCUCUACAAAUGCCAAUGUGUGUGCACAAUGAAAGUGGGAGGUUGAUUUAGAGGAUGUUUUUUUUUUUUUUGUACUGGCAGCGCCCACUUAACUCAAUUUUGGAGCGCCUCUCACUGGUGCUAGGUUACAAAAGUUGUCCUCUGACACUUUAGCUUCCUUCAUCAGUGAUUUCUAAAUCUGUUUUUAAAUACUGUGUGUACUUUGGUUUCACUUUUACUCUCUGAUGUUUUAAAAAAGAAAACAAGAACAAUUGAAAUUGUGGUUGCUGGUAAACUACCUUAGUAGUCACAGCUGCCCAGGGGCAGACUGACGGAAACAUGGUUUGCGCCUAUGGCCUCUCUGACCACCACCACACAACACUCACAAUCAUACACCAGUGGAGGACACAUGCUGGGAGCAAGGUGGGUUAAGAGUCUUGACCAAGGACACAACAGACAGACUCCACAGGAUGGGGGGAAUCGAACCGCCAACCUUCCAGUUAUUCGACAACUGCUGUAUCUCCUGAGCUGCUUCUACUGAUGUAAAUGUCAUAGUGUAGUAUGAUAAAAAAAAGUGAAAAAUAAAAAUUUGGUAUGAAGGAAAAUGUCAUAGUAUGUUAUGUUUCAAAUGUCAUAGUAUAGUAUGUUACAAAAAAUUGAAAAUUAGGUAAAAAAAAAUGUCAGUAUAGAAUGAUGAAAAAAAAUUGAAAUUUUGAUAUGAACUAAAACGUCAUAGUAUAGUAUGUUAAAAAAUGUCAAAGUAUAGUAUAAUAAAAAAGUCAGUAUAGUAUGAUGAAAAAAAGGAAAUUUUAGUAUGAACGACAAAGGUCAUAGUACAGUAUGAUAAAAAAUAUAGUAUAGUAUGAUGAAAAAUUUUAUAGUAUGAUAAAAUAAUUGAAAUUUUGAUAUGAACAAAAACAUCAUAGUACAGCAUGUUAAAAAAUGUCAUAGUAUAGUGUGAUAAAAAAAACGUCAUAGUAUAGUAUGUUAAAAAAUGUCACUGUAUAGUAUGAUAAAAAAAGUUAUAGUAUAGUUUGAUAAAAAAAUUUAAACUUAAGUAUGAAAAAGAUGUCAAAGUAAAGUAUGUCAAAAAUAUAGUAUAGUUUGAUAAAAAUGUAAAAUAAUAGUAUGAUAAAAAAAAUUGAAAUUUUUGUAUGAAAAAAAUGUCAAAGUAUAGUAUGUUUAAAAAUGUCUAAGCAUAGUAUGUAAAAAAAAAUGAAAUUUUGGUAUGAACAAAAACGUCAUAGCAUAGUAUGUUUAAAAAGUUUAAACUUAGUAACGAAAAAAAUGCGACAGUAAAGUAUGAUGGAAAAAAUAUAAUAUAGUGUGAUAAAAGAAAUUGUAAUUUUAGUAUGAACAACAAAGGUCAUAGUAUAGUAUGUUAAAAAAAUGUCAUAGUAUAGAAUGAUUUAAAAAAAAUGAUAUUUUGGUAUGAACAAAAAAAAUCAUAGUAUAGUAUGUUAAUGAUGUAGUACAGUAUGAUAGACAAAAUUGUCAUUGUAUAGUAUGAUAAAACAAUUAAAAAUUAGGUUAAAAAAAAUGUCAGUAUAGUAUGAUAAGAAAAUGUCAGUAUAGUAUGAUAAAAAAAAAUUGAAAUUUUGGUAUGAACAAAAACAUCAUAGUACAGUAUGAUAAGAAAAUGUCAUAGUAUAGAAUGAUAGAAAAAAAUGAACAUUUUGGUAUGAACAAAAACGUCAUAGUAUAGUAUGCUAAAAAAUGUCAUAGUAGAGUAUGAUAAAAAAAAUGUCAUAGUAUCAUUUGAUAAAAAAAACUGAAAUUUUAGUAUGAACAACAAAGCUCAUAGAAUAGUAUGAUAGAAAAUGUCAUAGUAUAGUAUGAUAAAAAAAAUUGAAAUUUUGGUAUGAACAAAAACAUAGUACAGUAUGAUAAGAAAAUGUCAUAGUAUAGAAUGAUAAAAAAAUGAAAAUUUUGGUAUGAACAAAAACGUCAUAGUAUAGUAUGCUAAAAAAUGUCAUAGUAGAGUAUGAUAAAAAAAACUGAAAUUUUAGUAUGAACAACAAAGCUCAUAGUAUAGUAUGAUAGAAAAUGUCAUAGUAUAGUAUGAUAAAAAAAAUGAACAUUUUGGUAUGAACAAAAACGUCAUAGUAUAGUAUGCUAAAAAAUGUCAUAGUAGAGUAUGAUAAAAAAAAUGUCAUAGUAUCAUUUGAUAAAAAAAAUGACAUUUUAGUAUGAACAACAAAGCUCAUAGUAUAGUAUAAUAGAAAAUGUCAUAGUAUAGUAUGAUAAAAAGAAUUGAAAUUUUGGUAUGAACAAAAACAUCAUAGUACAGUAUGUUAAAAAAUGUCAUAGUAUAGUAUGAUAAAAAAGUCAAAGUUUAAUAUGAUAAAAAAAAAUGUAAGAGUAUAGUAUGUUUAGAAUUGUCAGUGUAAAGUAUGUUGAAAAAAAUCUAAAUUUUAGUAUAAACAAAAACAUCACAGUAUAGUAUAUAAAAAUGUAGUAGUACAGUAUGUUAAAAAAUCUCAUAGUAUAGUAUGAUAAAAAAAUGAAAAUUUUGGUAUGAACAAAAACGUCAUAGUACAGUAUGAUAAAAAAUAUAAUGGUAUAAUAUGAUAAAAAAAAAUUAAAAAUUAGGUACAAAAAAUGUAUGAACAUAGUAUGAUAAAAAAUGUCAUAGUAUAGAUUGAUAAAUAAUGUCAUAAUAUAGUAUGAUAAAAAAUGAAAUUUUGGUAUGAACAAAAACGUCAUAGUACAGUAUGAUAAGAAAAUAUCAUAGUAUAGUAUGAUGAAAAAAAUUAAAAAUUAGGUACAAAAAAAUGUCAUCGUAUAGUAUGAUAAAGAAAAAAGUCAGAGUAAAGAAUGAUAACAAAAAUUGAAAUUUAGGUAUGAAAAAAACUUAGUACAGUAUAUUAAAAAAUGUCAUAGUAUAGCAUGAUAAAAAAAGUCAUAGAUAAGUAUGAAAAAAAUGUCAUGUUAUAGUAUGCUUAAAAAUGUCAUAGUAAAGUAUGUUGAAAAAAUAAAAAAUUUUGGUAUAAACAAAAAAGUCAUCGUAUAGUAUGUUAAAAAAUGUCUUAGUACAGUAUGAUAAACUAUGUCAUAGUAUAGUAUUUUCAAAAUGAAUCAAAAUUUUGUUAUGAAAAAAAAUGUCAUAGUGUAGUCUGAUAAAAAAAAAGUCAUAGUAUAGUUUGAUAAAAAAAACUAAAAUUUAGGUAAAAGAAAAAUGACAUUGUAUAGUAUGAAACAAAAAAGUCAUAGUAUGGUAUGAAAAAAAAUUUAAAUUUAGGUACAGAUAAUGGAAUAGUAUAGUAUGUUAAAAAAUCUCAUCAUAUAGUAUGUUAAAAAAAUGUCAUAGCAUAGUAUGAAAAAAAAUUAAUUUAGAUGCCAAAAAAAAUGUCAUAAUAUAGUAUGAUCAUAAAACGUCAUAGUAUAGUAUGAUAAAAAAUGUCAUCGUAUAGUAUGCUUAAAAAAAAUGAAAUUUGUUUAUAAAUAACAUUGUAUUUAUGUGUGUCUUUGUAACCACAGUUUAAAAGGAUGGAGUCAUGCGUGUUUUAUGAGUUUGAUCACAAAGCUGCCACCAUGGAGGUGUAUUUAGAUUAAUGUCUUGUCUUCAGUGAUUUAUAAGAAUACCAGUAUUCAUAAGUUUCUGUGUCUGCACCCCCCUCUCAGGCUGCAGCAGGUGAAUGUGUGUUGUGAUUUCUCCAGGUUGAAUUCCGGUUGAAAGCAGUUGACCCGUGCGCCUUGUUAACCAGACUGUAGAAGAAAAUGAAAGAAAAAGCGCUGCCGGCCAGACCGGUGCACAGGGCGUGGAUGACGCACAACAAGUGCAACAGUGUGUGCAGCAGCAGCAGCAGCGCCCGGAGCUGUGGGCUCCCUGCUGAUAACUGAAGUAUUAACACAGGAGGCUAUUUCUACCGCACAACACUGCCAGGAAUUACACGUAAUGAAUCCAAUAGUUCAUUUUUUCUUUUAUGAUCUUCAUUGUGCUUCUUCAUGUUCACGUUACACCCCAAAAACACGACCAAGGAGGAUCAUUUUCAUCUUCCUUUCUGCUGAAAGUGGAAUUAAAUUGAUAUAUUUUACAACAUUUAGCGCCCAAACGGAGUUAAUUAUCAGCACAAUUUGGUAUAAUGGUGCAGAAUAUAAUUACUUUCCACCCUGCAGUUCGGUGCAAUCUAAAGCCACAGAACAGCAGCGGUAGCCAGAGAGACGAGAGAUGUAAUCUGUAUGUGAGGGCUGUGGAUGGAUGAACAUGAGAUGAGGUGAACGUUCGCCUCCAGGGGGUCCGAGCUCACAUGGCAGAGGGAGGCACGUCUCAGUGUGCUGCACCGAGGCCGUUCCACCUGAAUGUGGAGGAAUAUACAGCAGAGGGAGGCUGGUCUCUCAGAUAUGAAUACGCUGCAUGAGUAGAUUCAUGAAAACCCAUCUGAUGCAAUUAUCAGGGGUGAAUUUUCAGAUGUGCAGUCACUGUUUUUUAAGUAAACCUGCUAUCGUAGCCGAUGUUGAAUUGUUUUGCCUGAUUUUUUUUAACAGCAGAAUAACAUUUCCAGGAAACAGCUCUCCCUGCACAGUGUCAGAGUAUUUUAACACUGUUGUUUAUGCGUCUCUGCAGCACAAUGACGUCCAAAAGGAAAUGGUGUUUUUGGCACUCUUGUUUUUGUAAACAGCAGUGGUCUUACUUGUCCUUGUGAUGUGUUUGUGUGUUUGUCAGCCCACACUUAAAUAGAAAACGGUCUGAAAAAUGAAAUCUGUUUGUGUGUUUCAGGAGCUGUCUGCCUGGAGUUGCUGCAUGACUAUGACUUAAAGCUCUUGGAGAUUAAAAAAGAGAGAAAAUUGUCAUCCAUCUUGAACACGUCUUGAUUCCAUGAUGGGUUCCCGCAGCCAAGGUUUCUUCCACCACCACCACCAUCACCACCACCGUAGCUCCAUGUUACCUGCUACGGUGCCCAGGCUCCUGCCAGAGAGCAGCAGCCUGCUGGGGGGCAUCGCACAAAUAACCCCGAACCUCUUCCUCAGCAGGGGAAAUGUGGCGUCCAACCGCAGCCUGCUGCUGUCCAAAGGCAUCACCUGCGUGGUCAACGCCACCAUCGAGCUCCCUAACUUCAACUGGCCCCACAUGGAGUACGUGAAGGUCCCUCUGGCGGACAUGCCACACUCCCCCAUCUCCUUGUACUUCGACAGUGUGGCGGAUAAGAUCCACAGCGUAGGAAGAAAGCGAGGGGCGGUGCUGGUGCACUGUGCAGCAGGGGUGAGCCGCUCCGCCUCCCUGUGUCUGGCUUACCUCAUGAAGUAUCACCGCGUGUCUCUGGCAGAGGCCCACGCCUGGGUCAAAGCCCGGCGCCCCGUCAUUAGGCCAAACGGCGGCUUCUGGCGCCAGCUCAUCGAGUACGAGAGGAAGCUGUUUGGUAGGAACUCUGUGAAGAUGGUGCAGACGCCAUACGGGAUCAUACCAGAUGUUUACGACAGGGACCGCAGGAGUCUGGCCCCGUACUGGGGUCUGUGAGGGGUAAACGUCCACUGUGAGGGGUUGUAACGUUAAGAGGAGCCCUCUGCUGCUCUGGACUGCAGGUUCAUGUGUGUUCAGAACAGGCAAAGUGUGAGUGUACAUGUGUGUGAAGCUUAUUUAACGGUAUGUUUGGACGGGAGGAGUCGCUGGGAACACUGGUUUUCGAUGAUGGUUGUUGAUCUGUACAACCAGUUGCCUCCGUUUAGUGUUUGAGUGGGAGCAAGGCAACUUCCAGUCCAGAACCCUUCGGACCAAAGGAUCCAUCGGGACCACAAUGAUGUCAGACACCAAAAAAAAAAAAAUUUAAAAAAAGAUUGAGGAGGUCGGUGCUGUCUAUUUCCUGGUCUGUCUUCAGUUCCAGUGGAGGACAGCAGGUGAUCUAUGUCGGUGUCAGCUGUGAGACUCUGCGACUCUGACAGCAGAGAUGUGACUGAAGUCCUUUUCCUGGCGUGGUGUCAUGUGGUGGUUUUGUGCAAGUUUUGCAGUAGUCUUUAGUGUGAAGGGCAGCAGCAUGCUCUGAAUUUAUGGUAGCAUUUAAGAUAAAUGUACAGAAAAAAUAUAUACAGACAAAUUAUUUUAUGGGGAUGUCUUGAUAGUGAAGAAAAUGUUUCUGAGACAGUUUAACUUUAAAGAUGUUAGUAUAUCGACCUUUUCAAAGGUGAGGGUCUAGAAGAUGUAAACAGAGAGUCAAGGUGAAAGUUCCUGUGUACCACAGGGUUGACUGUUCCAUCCUGUGACCACACUAUGUUAUUGUAGUGAUAUUUGAUGCUCUAUUAAAAUCAUAUCUGCUGCCUCAUGGGAACUGGUAGCUCAAUUAUCAAAGUUUGGAAGGAUAUCUUUAUUUCUUUGUUUUUCUUCUUGUGGGUUGGAAAGUUAAGACAGC